AAAAGGUUGUUUGUGUCACUCAGGCACGUAUGGCAUCUGCAACCACGCUAGUGAUCAUGAUGGAUGGUCUGUCUUCGAUUUUCCUACAAGUAGCUGAAUAUAAGGAGUCUAACAAAUUUGGAUCUUUUAUGGCACUUUCUAGCUCCCUUGGCAAGAUUUUACUGGAACUUCAUAGAGGUCUUCUUUACCUAAUAGAGCAUGAAGCUCAUACUAAAUUGCUGGCUUUGUUAUUCAGGAUUAUCAAGCUUUUGAUAUCAUCUACACCAUAUUCAAGAAUGCCACCAAAUUUGUUGCCACUUGUUGUUACAUCUAUUAGGACAAGGAUUGAAGAAGGAUUUUGGUUGAAAAGUGAACGAAGUGGUCUGCUGGCUGCUGCUAUUGGUUGCUUGACGUUAGCUUUGUCUACCUCGCCAUCUUCUGCUCAAAUAAGGAAUCUGCUCUGUGACGAGGUUUCUUCAGGUCAGAUUGAGACUGAAAAGAAGUCUGGUGUUCUUUCUACCUUAUUUGAAUAUUCGACACAAUCGAGUUGCCUAACCAUUUGCCUUGAAGCCCUGCAGGGACUUAAAGCUGCAUUCCACAAUUAUCCUAACAUAGUGACUGCGUGUUGGGAACAAAUUUCUGCUAUUGUGUAUCACCUCAUUAGCACUAUGAGUUUUGAAACCCCUUCCAGGCAAUCAAGUGAACUUGUUGGUAGCCCUACUACAUUUAUUAAUGAAAAAGUUACUAUCGCUGCUAUUAAGGUUCUAGAUGAGGCUCUUCGGGCAAUAUCUGGAUUUCAAGGAACAGAAGAUCUUUCAGAUGAUAAAUUAAUGGAUAUUCCUUUUGCAUAUGAUUGCAUUAGGACGAAGAAAGUAUCAUCCGCUCCGUCGUAUGAUGUGGAGGGAAAAAAUGAUUUUAUAGUAAACUUUGAAGCUUGUGAUUCUGGAAUUCAGCAAUGGUGUGAGGCAAUUGAGAAGCAUAUGCCUCUUAUCUUGUGUCACUCUUCAGCAAUGGUGAGAGCUGCGUCAAUUACAUGUUUUGCGGGCAUGACUUCUUCUGUGUUCAUGUGUUUCACUAAGGAGAAACAGGACUUUAUAUUGUCUUCUUUAGUACACGCUGCUGUACGUGAUAGUGUGCCGUCAGUGAGAUCUUCUGCUUGUCGUGCCGUUGGUAUCAUUUCAUGUUUUCCACAAGUGUGUCAGAGUGCAGAGGUACUUGAGAAAUUUAUCCAUGCUGUUGAGAUCAACACUCGAGAUGCACUAAUCUCUGUUAGGAUAACAGCUUCAUGGGCAUUGGCAAACAUAUGUGAUGCUAUUUGUCACUCUGAUAGAAUCCCCCCAUUUGGACAGCAGAUGGGUUCAAUCUCCAAUCCCCAGUUGAUUGUAUUGUUGACUGAAUGUGCUUUGCAUCUUACUAAGGAUGGAGACAAGGUUAAAUCUAAUGCUGUUAGGGCUCUUGGGUAUAUUUCGAGAAUCUUAAAAUGUUCAACAUCAAAAUUUCAGGACACACCAUUGGACCAUCAUAACCAUUUGAAUGAAGCAUUUCUCAACACUAAAAAUCUAAUGGUGUGUCAACAACAUUGUGCAUCGGAUCGUUUGCAGGAUUUGAAUAGGCUUGAGAGAAUAGUUCAAUCAUUUAUUUCUUGCAUAACUACGGGGAACGUUAAGGUCCAGUGGAAUGUUUGUCAUGCUCUUGGAAACCUAUUCCUCAAUGAGACAUUAAGGCUACAAGAUAUGAAUUGGUCUCCAGUUGUGUUUGGUAUUCUUCUGCAACUACUACGUGAUUCAUCAAAUUUUAAAAUAAGGAUACAAGCUGCAGCAGCAUUGGCUGUGCCAGUGUCAGUGCUAGAUUAUGGCCAAUCAUUCUCAAAGAUUGUGGAAUCUGUUGAGCAUCUACUGGAGAAUAUGGACGAGGACCAAAUUUCUGGGCCAUCAAAUUUCAAGUACCGGGUUUCAUUAAAAAAGCAGCUUACCUUGACAAUGUUACACGUUCUAAGCUUUAUCUCAAGUUCAAACGAUCAACAACUGAAAGAUUUUCUUGUGAUGAAAGCCUUGAUUCUUGAAGAUUGGUUCAAGGGAUUAUGCUCGUCCGGUGAGGGCAUGAUUGAUGCUCAAGAUAAGGGCAAUGCAGACAGAAAAAGAGUAAUGAUAUGUAGUGCGUUACAGUCGCUGGUUGAAUUAUACAGAGAUAAACAACAGGAUGCAAUAGCUGAGAAGUUUGAGAAAUUGAAGAACAAUUUGUGAAGGAGCUUGAAAAUGGCAAUGGUGGAAAUGAUGGGCUAUGGGAGCCGAACUAACCAAUCUUGUAGAGAAGAAUUUAUUUGAGGCACUCUCUGUAUGUAUUAUAAUUUUGUAGGAGAGAUUGCUUUAAUAGGAUCUUUUUUUAAUACAUAUUUUUGG